AUGACGCUGCCUCGGCUGGGAGGCGGAUUGGACGCUCGCGGGGCGGAGAGGCGGAGUGGGCGGGGCCUGCAGGAGUUUCCCCCGGGGCUGAGCGGAGAAAGUCCCAUUUGGGAGUCUUCGGGGGGCGAAGAAGAGAGAAGGAUGGGGGGCUCCGGCGCUGCGCCUUUGGCCUUUGGGGGGCUCCUGCUGGGGAUGGGGGCGCUGGUGGUCUCCGCUUCGGAGGGGCUGGGCGUGGAGGCGCCUCCAGGUGAGCAAAGAGUCUGCAAUGGGGGGAGAAGGAAGAGGAAACUCCGCUUAGCGGGACCCCCAUCGGUGGGGCUCCUUUGACGAUCCCUCGUAGAUGGUCUUCCAUGAUCUUAACAGGGAGUCCGUAAGUGACUGUGGAGGCCAAUUCUGGAUCCCCACGUCCUUCCACAGUGGGGACAGAGGUUUUUUUUGGGGGGGGGGGAAUUGAUCCCGUGAGGGUUUGCCAGGCGUGCCUUCCUCUUAGCACUUUCUCCCUUGUGUCCUGAGUUCGAGUGUCUUCAAAGCCCAUGACACCUUUGGUCAAGGCUGCUCUCCAAUUCGAGCGCUUGCAGUCCAGUGUUUCCCAGUUGUCGGUGUUUAUACUACAUUUUGUUAGAUUUGCCUUGAGAGAAUAUUUUAACCUCUUUUGCUGACCACCAGCAUUACACUUUCCGCUUUUAAGUUAGGACUAGAGUAGCUGCUUUGGAAGGCGAUAAUCAGGCGUCCGAACAACAUGGUUUAGUUCAGCGAAGUUGAUGCUGAAGAAUCCUUGCUUCCCCACGGGGGAUCUUUGCUUCUUCCAGGACACUGGGGGCAAAGGGGCAGGAGGGAAGGGGAAACACUCCCCCCACUGAAAAAGAGCAACUCAGCCUUCUUGGCCUUGAAAGGAGAAAGCAUUUAAUUAUAUCCCAGCUUUCAGGAUUAAAAUCCUACCCCAGCAGCUUACAAAUAAUAUUCAAUUUAAUUUUAAUAGAACCACAAUAUUCACACAUUAAAUAGUCUUCCUGCAGGACAGCUGAUGGCAGGCAGCCCUAGGCGACUUUUUGGCGGGGGGGGGGCAGUUGAAUCUGGCCCUGAGGUCUUCUUCACCUGCUUCUCAAAAUCAUCCUCAUCAUUAUUAGUCCAUAACCAAUUAUUAAGUCUAUAAAGGACUACACAUAAGGCAUAAAUAUACCUUUCAUCUGCUCUUUCUCAAUAAUAAGAAACCCAGGCAAGUGCGUAGUCAGGAUUUUUGUUAGGGAGGGGCAGAACCUCACUUUGCUAUGUAUUUUUAUUGAUGGGGGGCAGCUGCCCCUCCCUGUUCCCCUUGGCUACGCCCAUGGAGCAGCAGCGAAAGUGGGGCAAAUGGCUCCCUGCUCCGGGGACCCUGCACUCCCCCCCCCCUCGCGGAAUGUCCCCUCUCCCCGUCCCCCCCCCCUCGCCUUGGGGUCCUCUGGGUGCUGCAAUGGGCUCCUGCGUAGACUGGCGUCGCUUCCUGCGCUCUGGCAGGGAAAGCGAAAGUGAAACCGGGUCUACCCGGUAGAGGGGGUCUCGUUGGGGGGGGGGGUUUGCAGUGAAGCCCCCUUCAGCGUCUCCCACCCUCCUCGGCAUCUCGCCCCUUUCCUGGUCUUUCUCCCACCCCAACAUUUCUUCUUCCAGACGGAGGGCAAUAAAAGGGGGAGGGAGGUUUACGUUUUUGUUUUAAAGAAACUGGAGAUAAGCAUGGGCGUAGCCAUCGGGGGGCAGGGAGCAGCUGCCCCCCCCCUAAAUAAAUUAACUAAAUAAAGCAGAUAGCUUGCUUCUGUCCCCCUCCCCAAUAAAUCCUGGCUACGCCCAUGGGGUCCAGGAUCUUGGAGGUUGUGGCUCCCUCUCCACAACGACCUUUCGCUAUCGCUCUCUCCCUUUCCUUUGGGAGGAGGUCAAAGGGGGGGGGUCUCGCUGCUCAGGCUCCCCCCCCCCCGGCCAUGGGAUCACGUGACAUGAGAGAGAGAAUGGGAGACAGACAGACCAUCUCUCUCCUGCCCUGCAAGGGCAACUAUCCGCUUUGGUGGGAGCUGCGCCCUUAAGGCAACUGGUAAACCGGAAGUCUCCACCCCCCAAUUUCAUUCUCCCCCCCCCCAGAGCAUUUCCUGUACCAGGGGAAGCACGAGUGCCACUUCUCCAACGGGACGCAGCGGAUCCGCUACCUAGAAAGGCACUUCUUCGACCGGCAGGAGCUCGCCUACUUCGACAGCGAGCGAGGGAAGUUCGUGGCUGUGGCUGAACUGGGGGAGCCCACAGUCAAGGCAUGGAACCAGGACAAGGACCUCCUGCGGGGCGAGAUGGCCGCCGUGGAUUCCUUCUGCCGGCACAACUACGAGAUCCACGCGCCCUUCGCCCAUUCCCGGCGCGGUGAGUCCAGACUCGGAGAGGGGGGGGCGUCAUGGCAAACGGGCCCCCGGAAGAACCCAAAAUGGGGGUGGGGGUGGGGUGUACACGUGACUUUCUCCCCUCAAAGCCCCUGUCGCUGCUGCCGCCCCCCCCCCCGGGCCCCCACCGCCCUCCCGCUUUUGAGAGAGGAAGAGGGGCCUUUCCUGAUGCCCCACUCCAGAGGCAGAGGCAGGAGGCGUUUCUGUGUCCCUGGAAGCAUCAUAAACCAUUUCAUGUAUUGCAAUGUGGAGGGUGUCUGUCGUAGUUUAUUUAUUUAUUAUUCAUUAAAUUCGCAUCCCGCCCUAUACCAGUAGGUCUCUGGGCAGCUUGCAACACAAAAGUGCAGUAUUUACAAUAAUAAUAAUAAUAAUAAAUAACAACAAACAACAAUAAUAACAAUAAUCAUAGAAGUAAUGAUUUUAUUAUUAUUAAUAACCCAUCUAGCUGGGUUUCCCCAGUCACUCUGGGUGGCUCCCGACAGAAUUAAAAGCACAAUAGAACAUUAUAAACUUCCCUAAACUUCAUUUACUGCCUGUGAUGUCUAUGGUUCUCCCUCUCCUCAUCCCACCCCCACAACGACCCUGUGAGGGAGGCCAGGCUGAGGGGGGGGGGCUGGCCAGGGACACCCAGGAGACUCAAGGCCCAGGGGGGAUUUGAACCCGGGACCCAGUCCAAUGCUGGACUACAUUAGAGUGGGGGGCUGCAAGGGGGAAUAGGCAGCCUUUCAGGGGGAGGAGAGAGCGCAUUUCAAGCAGAAACCCUGAACAUUAUUAAAGUACAAAAUGAUGUUAUUUGGACAUCACUCAACAAUUGUGACGCCUUAGCAUGUCAUUUCUUGCACUCCUGACAUGGAUUCAGGUCAGGCUGCCAUAUGUCCAGGUUUUCCAGGGAAUCGAGGUGUUUAAAUUGGGGGGGGGGGUUUAGAAAUUAACCCCACAAUCUCAAAAUCACACACAUUCAGGAUUAAAUAAUUAUUAUUAUAAACAUGGUCCAUUUCCUUCCCACCCACUCAUUACUGUUUUCAGCCACCAGGCUCCCCUCCAGCUCCCCCGUUCUCCAGGGAUCAUCCCUAAAUCAAAAGUAUAUUGAAAGGAAAAUUACUAUAAUCACUUGGGGGGUGCUUGUGGAUUUGCAUAACAUCUGCUCUAUAUCACACACAAAUUGAUGUGCUGUUUUUCAGUUGGAGUGAAGGGCCCAUAAAUAAAUUGGUGGUCUCUCUCUCUCUCUCUCUCACACACACACACACACACACACACACACACACAUAUAUACAGAUGUCUGACAGGUGAAGCUUUCCCAAUAAUUGCAUUUCUACAGGAGAAAAAGGGCUUAACCUGCUGAAUUUCUGCCUUCCACUCAGCUCUAAAAGGCACAAGAACCUCAGCUGUCUUUGUGCAAUUCCCAUCAUCCCUAGCGAGCAGGACCAGUGGUCAGGGAGGAUGGGAAUUGUAGUCCAGAAAGAGUUGGCAACCCAAGUGUGGGAAACACUGAGGAGACCAUUGUAGUGUUAAGUGAAGGAUACUGUGCAGUGAAUUCUGAAGAUCAUCCUGUUUGCCAGGAAAAAAGGAAGGACAAAUUCCUGAGAUUCCCAGGACUCGGAAAUGAGACGGAAGGAUGGAAAGUGUCCUAGGAAGGGGAGGGGCAUCCCAGGACCCCCAGGGAGGAGCAGUUCCCUGUUUGUGGAAUGCCCAGUCUGACCCCUGGGGAAACUGGGCUGACUUUGGGUAGAUUGGGGGGAGGGUCAGAGAUCCCACUGGUGGGAGUGGGAAGUUGGGGGCUGGGAGCGUAGGAUUGACUGACUGUUCCGGCGGGGGGGCAACCUGGGCUUUCUGUCACCCGGGCAAAGACCCAGUUUUGUCACACACCCCCCAUGUGUAUUUGCAUACACACACAAAACUUGACACAUUUGUUCAUAAAGGGCAUAAAAAGAGGCUGGAGAAGAGAUAGUCUCUCCAAAUAGUAAAAUUGUCUGUGUGUGUAUCUGGCUUUCAUUCACCCUUAAGUAGAUCUCCUCAGAGAGUAGUAGAUAAUUUGAGGAAUUCUAAGGAAUAUCAUGACUGUAAAGAAUAAUAAUAAUAAUAAUAAUAAUAAUAAUAAUAAUAAUAAAUAGACUGUGAUAAUGAUCAGGCACAUAAAUAAAGGUAAAGGGACCCCUGACCAUUAGUCGUGGCCGACUCUGGGGUUGUGGCGUACAUCUUGCUUUCCUGGCCGAGGGAGCCGGCGUACAGCUUCCGGGUCAUGUGGCCAGCAUGACUAAGCCGCUUCUGGCGAACCAGAGCAGCGCACGGAAAUGCCGUUUACCUUCCCGCCAGAGCGGUACCUAUUUAUCUACUUGCACUUUGAUGUGCUUUCAAACUGCUAGGUUGGCAGUGAUAAUGAUCAGGCACAUACCAGAGAGUAAGUCCUACUGAACUCAGUGCGGCUUACUUCUGAGUAAAAAUGCUUGAUUGCAGUAUAAGACUGCAGAAUCUUUACACAGUUAUCUCGGAGUAAGCUCCAUUGAAUUCAGUGGGACUUCUGAGUAGUAAAGGCAGUUUAAGGCUGCGGUCAGAGAAAGGGCCCCCCCUGCAAGCUGGAAGCCUCAGUUGUGCCCCUCUAGAGGCUUCACCCUGGCUAGCCCCCUCCCACGUUAACUAUGGCCUCUUCCCCCUCCCUUGAAGCCUCCAGGUCCCUUCCUGCCUAAAUCUCUGACCUUCCUUCCACAUCUCCCUUGCCUCCCUCCCACAGUCCAGCCCAAGGUGAAGAUCACCCCCACAGACAACGUUGAAUCUUCACCACACAACACUCUGCUGAUUUGCACCGUGAACCGCUUCUUCCCUGCGGGGAUCGAGAUCAAGUGGUUCAGGAACGGGAAGGAGGAGCCCAAAGUGUGGACCACGGACCUCAUCCGGAACGGGGACUGGACCUUCCAUAUUGAGGUGAUGCUGGAGACAAAGCCAGAACGUGGAGACGUCUACACCUGCCAGGUGGAGCACGCCAGCUUCGAAGGCCCCGUCACGGUGAAAUGGGGUAGGACGCCUUCCUACUGGGAGUGGGGGGCAUUCCUGGGGGGCUGGGUGGGUUGCUCCCCCCUCAGGGGGCUGAUCCCAGGCCUUCCUUUCCUCACUCGCAGCUUUUUCUUUCUUCAGAGCCACAGUCGGACUCUGCCAGGAGCAAGAUGUGGACGGGGAUUGUGGGGAUUGUGCUGGGGCUGGUCUUUGGGGCCACUGGACUCGCCCUUUACCUGAAGAACAAGAAAGGUGAGGGUGGGGUGCCAGGGGGAGAGGGAGGGUGGGGUGUGGGGCUGGAUUGGGCUCCAGGCUCCCCUCCUCUUCUUAGGCAGAGGCUCUGGAGAGGGUUCUGUUCCUUCUCCACUCCUAGGAGGUCCCUCUGGGUGUCUCCAAUGGAGCCUCAGCUAUUAUGGAGAUGAUCUGAGGUUUAAACCUGUAGAUUAAGACCUAAUCCUCCUAUCCAACAUAUGAGGGAGAAAUUCAAAAGCAUCUCUGGCUCUGAAGCCUUUGAGCAGAGUAAGGACACAGAUGUUUUGCAGCUUCCUGGUCCCAGCACUAGUAAUUAGGAAUUAAAUUUGGGAUUGGAUGACCUCCCCCUCUUCAUCCCACAUUGCAGAGAAUGAACCAUACAUCUACAGAUAAAUGGAAAGAAAUGUUUACUUACAUUUGAUUGCAGGCAACAUACACAGCAUAAAAUAGUAUGCCAACUAAUACUGCUAAGUUGCAUUAAAAUAAAAAUUGGUAGUCUUAGCUAAGAUGGUAGAGAGUUGAGCUUUGGAGAGGAAGGAAGUAUUAACGAAUAUGUUCCUAUUGUUCGCUUCCUACCCUGUGCAAACAAGAGGAUAUGACCUGACAGAAUGCGGUCUAGGAUUUUUACAGGAGAUUCUGUGUGCCUUAACCCUUGCUUAUCUAGCAAAUAGGAAAUUUUAUUUUAUGAAUAGAGUAUCAUUUUAUCACAUAAACGGCUCCAGGGCUAGAAUUACCUGCAGGAUCUCUUAAGAGGCUGACUUCCUGGUCCCAGCAGUAAGUCAAAGGCUCUCUCUCCCUGCUGAGCGAAGGGCCUUUGAGACACUUACAGUCAAGAGGCGAAAUUCAUCUUCCUUGGGUCUUUUCACUGUUUGUGUCUCUGAAAUAAAUCAACAACUGGGCAAUGUAGAGCCCCAAAGGAGGCAGCUAAGGGAAUAUGGGAGGGUUUGUGGGGUGGGGGCAUUGGGUAAUGGGGAAGAGAUUAGUUGGCAAGAUGUUCUCCAGGGUCCUUUCUGUACUGGGAAGGAAAUAUUUAUUUCCUACAAAGACUCUUCUUUCACCCCCUUAUACUCCUUAGGACAGAAUGAGGGGGGGGGGAGUUCCUAGCUGUGCCUGGAGUGUGUCAUCUUGAUCUUGGGGGGGGGGGAGGGUGUUCCCAGAGAAGCUAUUUCAGGGGAUAUCUGGUGCUGACUGAAUCUUUCUAUUCUUUUUUUCUCUCCCAGGGCAAACUGUUCCUCAGCCUGCAGGUAACUUUCCUCUCUGCUCUUCCAUCCUCCUCCUCCUCCCCCAGCCCCCUUCUCCUGGCUGCUUGCUGUGCCCCCGCCAUGGCUUCCUUGUAGAACAGAGGGGAGGGGCUUCCUAUGGAUAAAUCCAUCCCCUGAUGCACACACUCCAAUAUCAUGUCCUGGAAGGGGGUCUCCAGGGGAAUGUCCCACCUGGGAGGCUGUCAAGCAGAGACCAUGAAGAGAGCAGGGCUGGCAUUUGGCCACAUUUAGUCCAGGGUCUGUGGUUCCCCAUUUCUGAUCUGGAGAGAUCUCCUUGGUCUCUUCUGAAGCUCCUCUUCUCCACUGCCAAAGCCAGCCAAGUCUCCCUCUGAUGGCUGCUCUAUGGAGUGUCCCCCAAAUCUUUCCAGGGAUUCUUGACCCCUUUCUCCCCAUUCCUUACCCCACAGUGAUGGGCUUGUCUCUCUCUUCCCUGCCUGCAGGACUCAUCAGUUAG